CGAUCCCCGACUCGACUGACCGCAGCAUCCCUCCAUCCUUUGCCUGCUUUCCUCUGCGCUCUCUUGCAUCCUCUGGUGUCCUUCCUUACUGUGUGCAUCACGAAUGACCUGCAUUCUUGCUCUUAUGCUGCAGUGAUCAUCUGCACAGCGAUCCGACACCCCCACCCUCCCUCAUCUGCCUGUUGAGUUAGUCUGUCAUGUGCCUGCGCGAGAGCGUUUGCACGGCCAGUUGCAGGCAUCAACACGCCGAGAUGACCAUGUCUUGAUCUUUACCCACUCUCCUCGUCAUAGAUUUUCAUCUCUCGCCUUACUGCACGCCCUCCUCCAACGCCCAACCUGUCGUCGAUGGUAGUCCAGGAUGGCUUCCAACUUCAUGUCUCGAUUUACGGCCUCCAACAACCCUUCUGCCUCCAUCUAUGACGCCAUCCGGCAGGAAGAUGAGGAUUCGGACAAUUUCGAUGUUGAGGAGACCGCGGGGUUGGCCCUAGAUGGAGCAAACGGAAGAGAUGGGUUCAACAAUCAAGAAUUACACCGGUCCAAUCUUCGGUCACAUCGGAGAAGCCCCCGUCAUGAUGGCCGUGCUGCUGCUACUGCUGCGGCCUCCGCCGAGUCUCAAGUGCAGCGGAAAGAUACGCGCAGAGCCCAGAACAAGACAAGACGAACCCCGAGAACUCACAAACUCUUGGAUGUGGAAGAGGCGGACGACGAUGUCCCAGCGUCGUUGCUGAUCGAUCACAACGCAAUGGGUCUUGAUCAUGGCUCCAUGUCGCUACCUCCUCCCCCAAGCCUGAUGCCGGAGGGCCUUUUGCAAGGUCGCGAUGCCAGUCCUUCGACGGCUGCUCAAGAUUUCCAUGCAAGAUACCGACCCAAGUCCAGUCCAAGCAGCGGCCAGAGAACGGCACAAUCUAGGCCAGCUGGACGUAUUGUUGGAGGCAACCUGGCCACAGCAGAUCCUAAGGAGAAAGCCAUGUUUCGAUGGGUCAAUGUGACAGAUCUGGAUAACUUCCUGCUGGAGGUCUACACCUAUUACUUGAACCACGGUUUCUGGUCUACGAUCCUCAUGCGAUUCUUCAAUCUCCUUACUGUUGCCUUCGUGGUCGGCUUCUCCAUUUUCCUCACUCAGUGUAUCGACUACCGAGAGAUCAGAGGGAGCACGAAGAUGUCCGAGAUCCUCGUACCGCAAUGUACCAAACGGAUGGGAUUUGUUCCGAACGCUUUGCUCUGGCUCACCACUUUCAUAUGGCUCUGGAAAGGUGUCCUGUACCUCUUCGACAUCCCUCGUCUGAAAAACAUGCAUGAUUUCUAUUUUUACCUCCUCGACAUCCCUGAGCCGGAAAUCCAGUCAAUAUCAUGGCAGGAAGUUGUCAGUCGCCUGAUGGCUCUGCGUGACUCGAACCCCAUUAUUUCUUCAACGUCCAAAAAGACCAGUGGCUAUAUCAAAUCGCAGAACAAGCAACGGAUGGAUGCGCACGACAUUGCCAACAGACUGAUGCGAAGGCAGAACUACAUGAUUGCCAUGAUCAACAAGGAUAUAUUGGACCUGACUCUACCCAUCCCCUUCUUCGGCAACCGCAAGCUCUUUACUCGGACACUAGAAUGGAACAUUGAGCUGUGCAUUAUGGACUUUGUUUUCAACCGCAAAGGACAAGUUCGACCUCUGUUCCUGAAGGAUACACACCGGAAAGACCUAGCGAAUGCCCUCCGUUCACGUUUCAUCCUGGCGGGAUUUACCAGCCUUGCCUUUGCCCCGUUCCUUGCCACGUUCUUCGUCCUGAAACACUUCUUCCAGAAUUUCAAUGACUACCAGAAGAACCCUGCUCAGAUUGGCAUGAGAGAGUAUACGCCGUUUGCACAGUGGAAGUUCCGAGAAUUCAACGAGCUGCACCACCUAUUCCGGCGGCGGAUAAACAUGUCGUAUCCUUUUGCCGACAGAUAUAUCAAUCAAUUCCCCAAAGAUAAAACCGUCCAGAUUGCCAGAUUCGUCAGCCUGAUAUCUGGAGCCGUGGUAUCGGUCCUGGGCCUCGCAACCAUCUUGGAUCAAGACAACUUUUUAAAUUUCGAGGUGACGCCGGGCCGAACUACAAUAUUCUAUAUUGGCAUUUUCGGGUCGAUAUGGGCUGUUGCGCGUGGCCUGCUGCCGGAUGACAAUAUGGUCUACGACACGGCCUUUUCGAUCGGAGAGGUGAUACAGUUUACACAUUACGAGCCGCAGCACUGGGCGGGCCGUCUUCACACCGUGGAGGUCAAAGAAGAAUUUUCCCAGUUGUACCAGAUGAAACUCGUCAUCUUCCUGGAGGAGGUGCUCAGUAUUUUCUUCACGCCCUUUGUGCUAUGGCUCAGUUUACCCAAAUGUAGCGAGCGAAUCAUUGACUUCUUUCGAGAAUUCACGGUGCACGUCGAUGGUAUAGGAUACGUCUGUACGUUCGCCGAGUUUCGCUUCAUGAACCAGGCGAUGCGGCCUGCUCCCAAGGAAAGAUCACCGCCGGCAGAAGCCGGUACAGGUGGUGCAGUCACAGAUGUGGGUAACACCAAUGCCAAUGCCAAUUUGCGGGACGACUAUUUCGCGUCCAAGGACAACAAGCUCGAACACAGUUACUGGGGCUUCAUGAACGACUACGCGCGCAAUCCGAAAACCGAUAUCCAUUUUCCUUAUCACACCUCCAGACGGCGCUUUAACUUCAACAUGCCACCCCCUGUCCCGGGAUUGCCUUCACCAUCGUUCCCAGCAUCAGACCACGGUAAUACGUUCAGCGGUGGUAUGCACGCCCAUCGACACAGUGCAGGAGGCCUCGGUUCGAUAACAUCGCCGCAUCGUGGAGCCUUGGGUACUCCCAGAUUUGGCGCCCAGCAUCCCCCAACGGGUCAGGGCCAUGGGCAGUCUCAACCAUUUGGCUCUCCGCUUCAGUCGCUGUUGCUCGACCCACAUCAUCAACCCUCUGUGAGCGGGUUCGCUUCGUCGCCACAGGCUCUUCGACCACGUGGCUCGCUUUUUUCGAAGCCCCGGCGGGCUGCUACGGUUGAGCGCGGGCAUGAAAUUCCCGACGAUGUCGCGGAGGAAGAAGAUUCCACUGAGCUUCAGGCUCAGAGAACAGGACCAUCUCAACCGACUGCAGGGGGGGUCCAAGAUCGCCUCUCUUCUGCGCCCGCAGGUCUCACGGCUCACGAGGGCGAACUAGGGUCCUGGAAAUAUGAAAUUGAUUCAUCCUCUGGGACAGGUAGUGAAGAUGAAGAAAAUGAACGCGAUGCGCGGGCGAUCAUGCAACCCAUGGGACCACUGGGGCUUAUCAGACAGUUUCAGAAGGCUCAGGCUCAGGAAGGAGGCAGGGCAAGGGGGACUGAGACGGGCCUUUGAUACUGAAAAUGGGACGUGGGCGGCAGGAAGGAGGGAGUGGAAAAGGCCGGAAGUGAGCACGUCUUGGAGAAAGCAUGAUCGACAGGAGAGGAUCAAUGGCUGAGCAAAGCAGGAGAAGGUCUAACGUGAAUGAGUCGGGCCAAGGAGAAACCUGGAAACUCCCGUGACGCCCGAAAUACUCAAGGCAUCUUAUUUGGCAACAGGUCUGGGCUGCUUUGGUUGUGUAAGAUAACAGCUCAAGGGAUAUUGCAUCAGCAUGGCACAGGCGACAGCGGCGCGCAAAUGGGUUAUACCAGCAUCGGGAAAAGGGCAAGGGGGAUUUCCCGAUAUCUGGAUCGUCUUGGAUUCAUGUCCUGCAUGCCGAGAGCCUGGCGUCGGAAAACGCUCUCGAAAGCAACUUGCCGACGUUCGGCAUAUGGCAUUUGUAGAAGUCCAGUUCUCAGGAUCGACGAAGGGGGAAACGUACAGGACAAGUCCUCCCUCAUUAGGAGUAAAAUAUCCCAAAAAGGCUUCAGGGCCAAGCGUUCCCAAAGCA